AUGAGGCUCCAAAUGACUUCUGUUUCAUCCAGAAACCGCUACCAUGUAGUGAUACAUGCUGUGUUCAUUGUUCUGGCAGUUAUUACUCAGGUGAUGACAAGUGUUGUUUUUAACCUGGGGAAGGACAGCUGGGUGCCAAAUGGUAAGUCACUUCUUAACUGUGCUUUAAAAUGAUGUUAUUCAGCCAGAAGGCAGAUUCAGAGUUGUGAAAUUUGGAAAAUAUCUGGUUUUAAGGAGCUGGUGUGUGCUCAUUUUGGGAUAGUUUGUGUUAAAAUUCUACCAGGAAGGUUCAUUUUGUAAGUAAUUGAGUUGUUUAUUGUCAGCUUUCUUUUUAAAGACAGAAGAAAGUAUUACUUUUAGUUUUUUUCCAGUGAUAAAUUUAAUGAUAAUGAUCAGUUGCUAAAUCUUGAGUUAAAGUUCUUGAAAAAAAAAUGUGUACAUGAACUCAACAUGACACCUGUGUACUUUCAACAAAAGGGACUUCUGGCUUUGGAGCCACGUGCCUUGAUAAAAGCCAAUUAAACAACACACACACACACACACACACACACACACACACACACACACACACACACACACACACACACACACACACAACUGAUAUCUGAACAUAAAAUGAGAUACAAUUACGGUGUUUGCAGCAGAGUGAAUAUUGAAAAUACACAAACCAAAGCACUGAUUUUCUGAUUUUUCCUCAAGCUAUAAAAUGUAUCUGUUUUAAAAAAACAAAACAAGAAUAAGUGAUUAUUUUUCUUGCCUUCCAGCUCUAUUCAAGACAUCACACAGGAAUGUAUCAGAGACCUUCCCUCUGGAGGUGACGAUGGACUGGUGGUCACAGCUGUACUGGAAUAUGAUCGACGUCUGGUCCACAGUUUGGCUCUUCUAUGGAGUGGUCGGCCUCCUCAACAGGUAGCAUGGACACUGUUACAGUUACAGCUAUGUUGAAGGGUGAUCUACCAGAGAAACUGUAAACAUUUACAAUUUGAAUGGAAGACUAAAAGGGCAGACUGUGUGAUUGAAAGGUAAUAAUAGAAUGUGAAAGGCAGAACUGAACUUCAUUAUGCAGAAUCAUUUUGAGUACGCUUGUAGAAGUUCGGCUAAAUGUCAACUCUCAUUUAAAUCAAAGUUGUCAAAUAAUUGUAGGUUAUAUAAAACUGCAAACAAAUUCAGAGCAAGUUUAAUCUUAAUGUAUUUACAAUUUUAUAUGUUGUAAGAUUAUACAAAAUCUGACUGAAGCUUCACGUUUACAUAAAACUUUAAGAACUUCUCAAGAUUUCCAGGUUAGGCUGCAUGUGUGAACGCACACAGUUUAUGUUUUUGGCCCUCAAAUAACUGUGUCCAAGAGGGUCAGAGAUGAUUGCAUGUGACUGGUGCAAACUUCUAGAUUUUUCAGGGCGCACGUGUGAAAGAAUCCAUAAAGUUACUAUGGAAUUUAAAAUCAGAGCCAAACACUGUUCACACCUCUGCAUGUAUGGUGACUUUUUUUUUCUAGCUUAUGUAAAAGCUGAUAACAACCAGGCUUUACAAUACAAAACGAGUCUAUGGCAUUUAUAUGGGCCACGUUUUAUAUGAAUCAAUUUCGUUUCACUUUCAUGUUACAUGUAUUUUCUCAGUUUGAUCACAUAGCUCGCAGUGAAUUCAACAUCAAAUUAGAGACCACUUCUGUUCAACAAACAAGAAUCUCCUACCAUCUGUUGAUCUAAAUUAAAGUUGUUUUUUUAGUUUUCUCUCACUAAUAUGUGGAUUGCACUCUCUUGCAAGACAGAGCAGAAGAACCCUCUUCAAAAUGCUGAUCACGACCAAUAAGACUACAGGCAAGAGAGGCACUCCUUCCCCCGAGACGACACAAAAAUCAACAAAUAAAUAAAACAAAGCCAGUGCAGUCUCUACACCUCCAUUGUUUUGCACUUGAUUCCCAUAGGGCCCUUGUUAGUAAUGUAUCUGCCUGCCUGGAUGAAACUUGCUCCUUGUCCACAGGUUCUCUACAUAGUGCUUAUUUUGCUUGCUAACUUGCGACUUGCCAAGCUAACAUUUCGCUUUGCCCAGUUCCCACUAUGACUUGGCAUGUUGCAGUUCUAACAUCAUUCACGUCAUUCUCCCAUCUGUAGAGAUGCUCUCGGCCCUGAGUCUUGCAACCCAGACAUCCAUCCUCCGAUGUUUUAUCUGAUGUGGACCAUGAUUAAUAUUUCCAGAAUGCUGAGCAUGUCUUUGUGGGAGAGUCAGUAAGUUGUGUCAACUAAACUACAUAAGAUUUACCCUCACAUAGAAAUAUGUGCCUCUAAAGGCUACUGUGUCUUUCUACAGCGCGAUCAAUGGAACUUCUAUGGUUGGGUGGAUCCCUCCUGUACUCAGUUUCUACAUGCUCUAUGUGUCCUACUCUAACCUGGACAAGCACAAAGCCUGGCUGUCAAUCAACAGACCAGCAGUGAUCUCAUGGACACGAUACCUGGUGAGGAUGCUACAUUACCAAACCAGCUUUGUUGUUAGAUAUAUUCUGUGUUAAAAGUGGUUGAUUUGCAGAUAUUACUGUAUCACUAUAUGAAGGAGUGAUUUUUAAUAUUUCUAUUUUGUAGAUCCAGAACGGCUUAGCAGCAUUUGCCUGGUGGUCUCUCUUAAAUUAUUUGGUGGGCCUUGGCAUUGUGUUCAAGUACAGUGCAGGAAUGCCAGACCCACUGAUCAGCACAGCAGUCCUCACAUUAGUCUCUUUGUGUACUGUAACAUGGUGAGAAUGAAAGACUAAAUAUGCAUUUUAAUGUGAUUAAUUUGCCCUUUUGUUCGCAAGGCAAUGGUUUUUGUUGCUCCCUCCCUCCCUCAGGUUCCUCCUCCAGAGCUGCCUGUUGAAAAAGUAUCUAUGCUACACAUUCAGUGUCUAUCCUAUGCUCAUCCUGGGCCUGGGCGCCAUGUUCACCAGAAGCUAUCGCAUCCACGACCUCGGAGCAAACACUGUCUUUUGCGGUAAAUGUCACCACAGAGCACAAACGCAUUUAAAUAUAAUCAAAUCUGUCCUUUUGUCCUGAACACAUCCCUGACUUUCUCUUAUCUUUAGGCCUCCUCAUGAUCCUGAUGACCAUCCUGAGCAUUACCCAUUUAAUCUCUGAAUGUUUGCGCCAAGAUAACUCAAGCACUGUGGAGCCCAAUGUGACAUUUGUGGAGACAGUGUGGCAGCCUGAAGGCAACAUGAAAAACAAACUUCCAAAGUGCUGA